AUGUCUACCGCUUCUCGCAAUACCAACACUAACCGACCCGUCAAGGGUAAAAGCUCCCAGCGUCGCAACGCCGUCAAGACAAGUAACUUUUUCGACUCCCUUUCCCCAGCCGGCCAAUUUAACAGACUCCUCAGAGACCUAGAGAACCUAAACGGCGGGUACCAUCUCCGCAACUGGUCAGCCUCCGCUCGUAAAGAAUUAUGUCCACACAUCACCAUCAAAGUGGAAGUAUUUGACCCCAACGGCAAAGAGGUGGAAGUCAGUGUCCCCAAGCUAGCUUUCUUUGCUGCUUCGCCAGCGUUCCGUCGGCAUAUAAGCGAUCAUGCAGAAGCCAAAUCGAUUAGAUGCAAUCACAAAGACGUCACAUUGGAGUCGAUGCGUGCCAUCUCGAAGUGGCUGCGGAAGAUCUGCACUGAUAAGGAAUACACUGACCUUCCCAUACCCAACAACCUCCAGAAGGGUCUAGAGCUCCACCUUACAGCGCGUACCUUAGGUAUGGCUCAGUAUACUCAGCAGGUCAUCGAACGUUACAUUAGUGGUCUUGUUUGUCGUCCUGUGGAAGUCAACGAAUUAGUCACCGUUGCUGAGCUGACAUGCAAGGAUGCAGUCGUAGAUCUCAUUCUGGAAGCAUUGGCCAACCACGUAGCGUACCUUUGUCGGUACCAUCUGGUUAGUAAGGAGCAGGAAGACCAGUACGUCGCUAUGCUUACCGGAGAGAAGUGUGGAAAGCUGGUCAAGGUCAUCGAUGACAAGAAAAUUCGGGCUAUUGCAGAGAAUGGGUGGGAAGCGGUUUAUCGUCGUCCAUUGGCUGAGAUUUAG